AUUUUGGGUAGGCGGGGGGGGCAGCAUCUCGCCUCCCCUGCCCUGAUACAUCCGCUGUGCGGGGGCAGGAAGCGCCAGGGGGGGCCCCCGGCACAGAUCGCACCCGUGGCAUCAGGACCCGCGCCGGCAGCACCCGCUGAUGGCUGGAGCGUGGUGGCACCCACCAGCACCGGUGCUGCUGGCGCUGGCCGGGCUGGCGGCGGCGGAGGAGCCGGCGGGGAACCGCAGCGACCGGGCAGUGGGGGCCCUGCUGGGGCUCCUGCUCUGCCUGGUGGUGGGGCUGGCCGUGGCCUGGCACCACCUCUGCCGGCUCUCGGCUGGCCACUACCACCCCCGGCCCCUGGGCCGCCGGGCGCUGGCGCUGCUGCGGGGACGCUGGCACCGGCUGCGGGGACAAGGUGACACCACGGCCCAGCCUUGCCACGGGGACCGGGUGGCAGCGGCGGCCCCCCGCAAUGAGGAGGAGGAAGAGCUGAUGCCGUGGAACCAGGAGCAGCAGCUGGCGGAGGAGCAGAAGGAGGAUGAGGAUGAGCAGAAGGCACGUGACGGUGAUGAGGAUGAGGAGGCCGAGGCAACCGUGCAGGCCGGGGAGAGCCCCCCAGGCAGGGGGCAGGGGGCGGGGGGCAGCGCCGAGGCCCUGCUCAGUGACCUCCAUGCCUUCUCGGGGACAGCAGCCUGGGGGGACACGCGGCCCCACCUCACCGCCCUGUGACCCCCGCCCUGCCCACAGGGACCCCCGCCCGCUGCCCGCCCACCCCCAGCACUGCCUCCCGAUUGGCUGCACCCGCUGCGGCACCUGUCAAUAAAACAGUGGCGCUGCCA